GGUGCCGUGUUGUUUCUUUGACAGUUAUUUAAAAUUGUAUUGGGAUCAAGGCCAAAGAUAACAACCGUGAAUCGGAUUUGUGUAUGUUGCGAAAUUCAGUGAUAACCGUCGAUGUUUGCGAACGAAUUGCUGCAGUGACAGGGGUCGAUACAGAUUGAGGCGUUUCAAUGCGGCACUCCUGGGAUGAUUGCUGGUAGACCGUGUGCGGGAUGCCGACGUUUGACCCGGAGGACAGUCCGUCGGCCGGAGCUUGCACCAUACAGCAGAGGAUCGAACAGCUAAAGUUGGCGGCCGUGACCCCUGAAGCGGGCGGCUCUUCUCGGCUGGACAGUACGAGCGGCAACAGCAACGGCACGUCGCGUCUGAACGGCUCGGCAGCGGCCGCGCACGCCGACAUGGCCAACCCCGACUGCCUGCCGGAGCUGUCGGGCGGCGACGGCGAGACGCUGCACUUCAGCGCCGACCUGCAGUACCACACCCAGUACGAGCGACAGCAGUCGCCGCCGCCGGCCGGGCCGCAGACCAACGGCGGCAGCAGUCAGCCGCAGCCGCAGCAGCAGCUCAUCAGUCGCACCCAGAAACAGAGCACCACGCAACAGGUAACGACGGUGACCAAGGUCUACCGGGAGCUGCACCACAUAGGUCCCGACGGCCAGCUUCUGGAGCCGGGCCAGGCGGGCGACUUCAGCGCCUACUCGGCCGGUGGGCCGCCUCAGCACCCGCACAGUCCUUACACCAUGGACCCGUACCGGCCGGCCAGCCCCGGCAGCGAGCAGGGCUCCCGGCGGAACUACGACCCGUACUCGGCGCACGGCGGCUACCGGGACUACGAGCCGUACCCGCCGCCGCCCGAAUACGGCGGCGCCGGCUACGGCCGCGCCGGCUCCGACUACGGCCCCGGCUGCGGCCCGGGCGAGGGCUCGCGCGCCGGCGGCUACCCGGACCGGCCGCCGACGCCGCCGUCCCCGUCCGACCGCAGCGACAGCCCGCCGCCAGACAAGGGCGCGCAGAGCGGGUACCCGGCCGGCCACUACCCGCAGUCGGGCUACGACGAGCUGGACUCUACCCUGAUGGCGUCCCGCGGCCAGGACCCGUACGGGCCGCCGCUGCUGCCGCCCGGCCACGAGCUGUCGCAGAGCGUCGACUCGGAGCCGGGCCGGCCGCUGUCGCGACAGUCGCGCCAGUCGGGCCGCAGCGCCGCGCCGCGCGCCGUCUUUGACGAGGUGAUCCGUGACGUGGUGCGCGAGGGCGAGCAGCACGCCCGGCCGGGCUCGGCGCUCAGCCAGCAGAACGUGCGGUUCCGCGACCCGGACCUGCACGAGGUCAUCAACUUCCUCAGUAACCCCAACAACGUGGUGAAGGCCAACGCGGCCGCCUACCUGCAGCACCUCUGCUACAUGGACGACCCAAUGAAGCAGAAGACGCGCGCGCUGGGCGGCAUCCCGCCGCUGGUGGUGUUGCUCUCGCAGGAUAUCCCCGAGGUGCACCGCAACGCCUGCGGCGCGCUCAGGAAUCUGUCGUACGGCCGGCAAAACGACGAGAACAAGCGGGCCAUCAAGAACGCGGGCGGUGUACCGGCGCUGAUCCGGCUGCUGCGGAAAACGCCAGAGAACGAGAUCAAGGAGCUGGUCACGGGCAUCCUCUGGAACCUAUCCAGUUGCGAGGACCUGAAGCGGACCAUCAUCGACGACGGUCUGACAGUGCUGGUCAACUAUGUGAUCAUCCCGCACUCGGGCUGGAACCGCGGCAGCGCGCACAGCGAGCCCGUCAUGGACGUCUUCUGGUCGACCGUCUUCCGAAACGCCACCGGCGUGCUCAGGAACGUGAGCUCUGCCGGCGAGUACGCGCGGAAAAAGCUGCGCGAGUGCGAGGGUCUGGUGGACGCGCUGCUCAUGGUCAUACGCUCGGCCAUCGGCAAGUCCAACAUCGACAACAAGUGUGUCGAGAACUGCGUGUGCAUCCUGCGCAACCUGAGCUACCGCUGCCAGGAGGUGGAGGACCCCAACUACGACAAGCAGGCGGCGCCGCCGGCCGGCCGGCCCACCGCCGCCGCCGGCGCCAGAGACCCGGGUGAGAACGCCGGCUGUUUCGGCGGCAAGAAGCGCCGGGACGGUGCGGGCGGCGCGGCGGACGGCCUGCUGCCCGGCGGCGGCACACCGGCCGGGCCGGGCGGCGCCAGCCGCCGGCACCUGCCGCUCAAAGGCAUGGAGCUCCUCUGGCAGCCGGACAUCGUCCAGCCGUACCUGAGCCUGCUGUCGGACUGCUCGAACCCGGAGACGCUGGAGGCGGCGGCGGGCGCCAUCCAGAACCUGGCUGCCUGCUACUGGCAGCCCAGUGUCGACAUGCGCGCCGCGGUGCGCAAGGAGAAGGGCCUGCCCAUCCUGGUGGAGCUGCUGCGCAUGGAGGCCGACCGGGUGGUGUGCGCAGUGGCCACCGCGCUGCGCAACCUGGCCAUCGACCAGCGCAACAAGGAGCUCAUCGGGAAGUACGCGAUGCGCGACCUGGUGCAGAAGCUGCCGUCUGGCAGCGCGCAGCAGGACCAGGCCACCUCGGACGACACGGUGGCCGCUGUGCUCGCCACGCUCAACGAGGUCAUCAAAAAGAGCGCCGAGUUCACCAGGUCUCUGUUCGAGCUGGACGGCGUGAAGCGGCUGCACGUCAUCACGGGCCACCGGCACCGAUACAGCUCGCGCGUCAUCAAGUUCGCCUCGCAGCUGCUCUACUCGAUGUGGCUGCACCAGGAGCUGCGCGACGUCUACCGAAAGGCCGGCUACAAGGAGAACGACUUCGUCACCAAAUCCGUGGCCGCCCGGAACACGAACCCCAACUCUCCGAGCAAUACCAACAGCACGCUGAACCGGCCCAUGGCCAGCCAGGGCGGCACAAAGUACGAGGACCGCACCAUGCCGCGCGGCGCCUCGGCCGCCGGCGGCAACGGCACCUACGGCCGGCCGCGGCCGCCGCCGCCCGACGGCGAGCACAUCGCGCUCGGCGAGCUACCCGGCUACGAGCCGCGGCCGCCGCCGCCCGGCGGCGUGCGCAUGUACCCGCCGCCGCACCGUGAUGCUCAAUAAGCCGGACUCGGUAGGUGGCCCCACACUCAGCACCCGACGCCCUCUUUAUGUUCUGAUGGUUCUCUGUGCCUGUUUUGCAGUUUUCGUCUCUCCAAAUUUGCCUUGAAAGUAAAUUUCCUUUAUUUGGCUUGUGAGUGGAUGAUCGUCAUCAUUUUGACUCUGCAUUCUCGUGCUUUUGUUUUAUUUGUUUCGGAUAACACGUUUCACGGGUUUUGUUUGCAUUUGUUUGCAUUUUUAUCUGGUGGGCCCGCUUUCCGUGUAUUUUCCAGGCGGCUGUUGCCUGUUUAUAUAAUUUCCGUCUCUGUUGGUGGAAUUCGUUCUGUGAUUUAGUUCGUGUCUGUGACUGGGUUCGGGUGGCGGUGCAUGCAUGAUUGGUAUAGUUAGAUUAGACUAGGUGACCGUCAGUGGAUCCGUCGAGGCCAUGUAACAAACUCAGCCCCUUCCUUCGACGCGGGCGACUUCUGGUCCUCUGAGAACUCUUAAAUGGAGGAGCUGUGAUCACUGAUCAACAUUGGGUGAUAUGCGUUUUAAACUUGAGAUGUGCACUGUAUGAUUUUGGAGCCGUAUGCGAAAAUUGUUGACUUUUAGAUGAGUACGCUUUUAAAUUUGAAAAGCUUUUGCUCUUUUUACGCAACUGUUUUCCCGACAUGCCAAUGAGAUAUUUCCGUAAAAAAUGAGAUAACGGCUGCGCGCUUGAGUAGGCACUGAACGGCCUCGUGGUGGCGCCUCCGCCUGUCCGGUGCGGUCCUCCGCCUGUCCGGCGCGGUCCCCCGCCCGUCCGGUGCGGUCCGGCCCGUCCGGCGCGUGGGUCCGGGGCGGUACGGUCCGGCGCGUCCCGUCCGUCGUCUGGCGCCUGUCCCCCUCAGCUGGGAAUAUCCCCUCAGCUCUGCCCUGGCCGUACCAACGGGGCUGUACCAUUCGGUUAAUGGACUGGCUCAGUUUGUUGUAAUGGGUGAAGGCAUUAGUAACGUUGACAGCUGAGAAGCAUGCUUCAAAUUACUGCGAGCAGACGUGUACUGUGUGCCGUGUUGACAGUGGUGUCUGUUCCGCUCUCAGCGGCGGCACGAGGUGUUUCCGUGUGUU